GUCUUCUUCUUCUUUCCCCAAUCUCUCUGAUUCCGAUGCCGAAACCGUUCCAUCUUUUCCGGCUACCACGUGUCGCACGUGCACGCGUUCUCAAAUAUUUUGGUACUGUAGAAUUAAUCCACAUCUCCUUAUUCUCUAAUUUGGCUCUUCAAAGCUCAAAAUCUGUGCUCAAAAAACCUCGAAAAUUAUUGAUUUUCAUUGAUGGAAAAUUCGAAAUUUGGCUGCAAUUCCGCAGAUCUCAGCUUAUUUGGACAUUUAUCGAUGAUGCUGAAAUAUUAUCUGAAAAUGGCGGAGCUUUUCGAGUUACAAAAUGGUCCGGCUGGGGGUGCAAAGUGUUGGAGGAGUCCUAUGAAAGAAAGUUUGGAUUUCGACAAAUUAUUGAUAGAUUUUUAGACGUUUUUGAAAUUCCAGUUUUUGUAAUGACUGUUUCCGAUUUUAUAGGAAAAUUUGAUGUGGGAACUUUGAGAGUUUUAUUUGAGAAUUUAAAAGUUGAAAAUCUAAGACUAGGUUACCUAAUUCCCCCGUCCCAUGUAAAUUUAUUGCUAGAACCUCAAAAUUUGAAAAUUUCCAAAAAAUUAGUCCUAAAAUCCACCCCGAGCACCCCCGAAGAUUUAAGUUUUGGCAUGGAAGAGCUCCAGAUUGAGCACAGCGAUUGGCUUGAGCUAGGGCAACUUUUGAGAAUCCGCUGUAAGUCUGUAGAUCUUGGAUUCACCAGCCUCACUAGCAACAAUUGGAAUUUGUAUCUGAAAUUUUGGAAAUCGGCAGCCCUGACUGAUAUUCGAGAGCUCAAAGCGAGAAGUGAGGAUGGAUGGAAUGUGGAAAAAUUGCUCCAUGGCUUGGAUGCUCGGGAAGUUGCUCCAAACACUUGGGAAAUAAUAAAAACAACGUUGCCCUGUAAAAGUACCACCGGGACCAUAUUUCUUCGAACUUUUGAUAUUCAAUCUGUUUUUGUUUUUUCCGUGACUUUAUGAACUUUAUGAGAUUAAUAAAAAAUUUCAAUAAAAAGCCGGCUACUGCAUAUCGGAGUGCUCAGCGGUUUU